AUGCAGCGUUUCGGAAGAUAUUUUCGUAUGCGCAUGCCACGAUUUGGCAGGGAUAUGGCGUUUUCGAUCGAGCGAAGUGAUCUUUUCCUUGUUGGUGCGAGUUCUGAGGUCUACCGAUUGAAUUUGGAGUUAGGAGAAUGGCUCUCUCCUCUUCAGACUAAUGGAUCGGCUUUGAACUGCUGUCAGUUUGCAGACGCACAUCAGUUAUUCGUGUGCGGUACUUCUGAUGGUCAGGUGGAGGCAUGGGAUCAUCGCGACAAGUCAAGAGUGGGAAUCCUUGAUUGUCUACCGUAUUUGCAGGACGAAAUAAGCGGGAAGCCGGAAAUCUCUUCCUUGAAGUUUCGCGAUGCUCUGCGGUUAGCAGUUGGAACGAGUACAGGGCAGUGUAAUGUGUACGAUAGUUCGAUCGCGGAAGCCGCUGAUAGUAAAGGAUCACGUGAACGAGAAAGCGAAAAUUUGGUGCUAAGUAUGGAUGGUCGGGUUCUCAAAAUAUGGAACGAAAUUGAAGGGAAGCCAUUUGCUGCCAUCGAGACAGAGUACGCGCUCAACGAUUUCUGUCGGUAUCCUGACUCAGGUCUGAUAUUUAUGGCUAAUGAAGCUCCUCGUAUGCAACAAUUCUUCAUUCCUUCUAUUGGCACUGCUCCUAAAUGGUGUUCUUAUCUUGAAGCGUUGACGGAGGAAUUGGAAGAAACUCAGUCGGCCACUGUAUAUGACGAUUACAAGUUUGUCACGAAGGAGGAAUUAGACCAACUGAGUCUUUCACAUUUGAUUGGAAGCUCUGUAUUGAGAGCCUACAUGCAUGGUUACUUCCUGGAUCGAAGGCUGUACGAGAAAGCACACAACUUAUCACGCAACCAUUAUGCCUAUGAGACUAUAAGAACCGUAAACAAAGAACUCGCGGCGCGAUUGAGAGCAGAAGCAGAAGCGGCAGCUGAAAGUAUAGGCAAUAAGUCAGCAAAGAAGAAGAAGAUCGAGAAAAAGAAGGCCUCGACAGCGGCAGUUAUUCUUCAAGAUGACCGCUUCAAAAAAUUGUUCGCCGAUGAAGAUUUCGAGGUGGAUCAAAAUUGUGAGCUGUUCAAGAGAAACGUUGCCAUACAACGAAAGGAAAGCUCAGGAAAAGUUAAGGAGAUUCUGCAUGACGAUCAGGAUGACAAG